AACACAUAUCCAAAUAGAAGCUACUAGAAGCCCAAUCCGUCAAGAAAAGUCUAGAGACCCUGUCGUGUAACAUAAAAACCACCGAAGAAAACAUCACUGCGCCGCGCUGCCACACCAAAUAAACACAAACAUGGACGCAUCAAAACUCAAUCAAUUGAAGCAUUUCAUCGAACAGUGCAAGUCCAACCCUUCCCUCCUCGCUGAUCCUUCACUCUCCUUCUUCCGCGACUAUCUUCAAAGUCUCGGCGCGAAACUUCCUGAGUCUGCUUAUUCCGAAUCGACGGGCGUGGAGAGGGAUGAGGACAUAGAGGAUCUUACGGAGGAGCACGAGAAGGUAGAAGAAGAAGAAGAAGAAGAAGAGGACGAUGUAAUUAUUGAAUCCGAUGUUGAGCUUGAGGGUGAAACCUGUGAGCCUGAUGAUGAUCCUCCACAGAAGAUGGGAGACCCCUCUGUCGAGGUUACUGAAGAGAAUCGUGAUGCAUCGCAGAUGGCCAAAAUUAAAGCCAUGGAUGCUAUUUCUGAAGGUAAGUUGGAGGAGGCGAUUGAGAACUUAACAGAAGCUAUUUCACUCAAUCCUACCUCUGCCAUAAUGUAUGGAACUAGAGCCAGUGUUUACAUCAAAAUGAAGAAACCCAAUGCUGCGAUCCGUGAUGCAAAUGCUGCUUUGGAGAUUAAUCCUGAUUCUGCUAAAGGAUACAAAUCACGUGGCAUAGCACGAGCAAUGCUUGGUCAAUGGGAAGAAGCUGCAAAGGAUCUUCAUGUGGCUUCAAAGUUAGACUAUGACGAGGAAAUAAAUGCUGUACUAAAAAAGGUGGAACCAAAUGCUCACAAGAUAGAGGAACACCGUCGGAAAUAUGAAAGGCUGCACAAAGAAAGAGAGGAUAAAAAAAAGGAGCGUGAGAGGCAGCGGCGCCGUGCUGAAGCUCAGGCUGCCUAUGAGAAGGCUAAGAAGCAAGAGCAAUCAUCUUCCAGUAGAAAUCCUGGAGGCAUGCCUGGUGGGUUUCCUGGGGGCUUCCCAGGGGCCGGGGGCAUGCCAGGGGGAUUCCCAGGGGCCGGGGGCAUGCCUGGGGGCUUCCCAGGGGCUGGGGGCAUGCCUGGGGGAUUCCCAGGGGCUGGUGGCAUGCCUGGGGGAUUCCCAGGGGCUGGUGGCAUGCCUGGAAACAUUGAUUUUAGCAAAAUCUUGAGUGACCCUGAACUGAUGGCGUCAUUUGGUGAUCCAGAGAUUAUGGCUGCUCUUCAAGAUGUUAUGAAGAACCCUGCUAAUUUUGCCAAGCACCAAUCAAAUCCAAAGGUAGCUCCUGUAAUUGCGAAAAUGAUGACCAAACUUGGAGGUGGUCCCAAGUGAAUACUUUUAGAUGCUUGUAAGUUAUUUGAGACUUCAACUUUCCAGCCCUCUGGCAUCGGGUAUUUAAUGUUUAUUGCAUUUUUAAUCUUACCGAAAUUAUUAAACUUUUUACCGUUUGUUAGUCCUGUUUCUUAGGUGCCCCUAUAUAGCUCGUGUUGGUAGUAUGUUUAUUUGUCAACAAUGCAAUGUUAUUUUCCCGAGUGAAUUUGAACGUUUGAAGUUUAUAUUUUUGCGUUUCAGGAAAAAUGAAAUAAUAGUUUCUUAGCUUUGUCCA